AUGGGAGGAUUUUGGAAGGACGAUCAGGGGGACAGACUCGCUGCGAAGAGCUGCUGCAAGUGUCCGAAAAUGCUGGCCAUCGCCACUGCGAGCUGCGCCUUCUCGAUGAUGCGCCCAGCGCUGAGCAUGGAGGCGAGCAGUCCAAGCGGUCAGCGCCGAGGGACGCCGCUGCUGCUUGGCGAGGAGGACGACGAAAGCCCGCCCGACGAGUCGUUGGACGAGGCCUUCGAGGCUGGUCGCUCUUUCGGCUUCACUGUCCGGGAGCGCUUCACCGCACCUACGGUCGACGACCCUGGCCUCCCAUACGCAGACGCGCUCGUCUCUGUGUCGGCCGCGCUGGGACUGGCCUCGCUCCGCCUCUCCGGCAUCUACCCUCAGUGUUCCUGGCUGCAGCCGACCGAGUGGGUGCCGCACGUCCGGUCGCUGCCAUACGUGCUCCCUGCGCUGACGCACGGCGUCCAGCUGGCGAGCUGCUGGACGCUCGGCGCGCUCGCCGCCAGCGCCUUUGAGCGUGAUGCCUUCUGCGGCUCGCUGGGCGAGGCGCUGCGGCGGACCUGGCGGGGCGGCGCCUUUGCGUCGGGACUGCUGCUGCUGUGCACCCAGGCGCACACUUAUUACGCCUUUGAUGCGGCGGGCCUCGAGCCCGUGCUCGGCGCCAGCUUCGAGGGCGACGUGCGGCUGAUCAACAUCGCCAACGACGUCAUCCUCGACGUCCUCGCCCAGGCCUUUGCAAUCACAGGCUUUCGCAUCUUUCGGUGGUAUGAUGCGACUGCGGGCAGGCGAUGA